GAAACCCGCCCGCGGCCCGCGAGAGGGGCCAGCCCCACCACCGCCGCCCGCAAGGAGCGGGAUCCACCGCUGCGCCGUCCGGGCGUCCCCGCGAGUCCGAGCCGGAGUGGGAGCGGGAGUGGGAGCCGGGCCGGGCGCAGUGGGCGCCGCCCGCCAUGGACCACAAGCCCCUGCUGCAGGAGCGGCCGCCCGCCUACAACCUGGAGGCCGGCCAGGGCGACUUCGCGUGCGGCCCGCACGGCUACGGCGCCAUCCCCGCCGCGCCCCCGCCGCCGCCCUACCCCUACCUCGUCACAGGGAUACCCACCCACCACCCCAGGGUCUACAGCAUCCACAGUCGAAAUGUCACCCGGUACCCUGCCAAUUCCAUCGUUGUCGUCGGUGGCUGCCCAGUCUGCAGAGUCGGGGUUCUGGAGGACUCCUUCACCUUCCUGGGCAUCUUCUUGGCCAUCGUCUUGUUCCCCUUUGGGUUCAUCUGCUGUUUCGCCUUGAGGAAGCGAAGAUGUCCCAACUGUGGAGCAAACUUUACCUAAAGGGAACACCCCCGGCUUUCCUACACCCAGCUCUUUUUCUAAUGUAAAUGUCGUGUACAGUAGCUUUAUUUGAUUACGCUUCAGGACUGUUUUGUAAAGUGAGGUGGGCGAGAGUGGGCAUGUGCGAGCCGGUCUCCUGGGCUCGGGUCACAGAGGGGACACGCAGCAACACUGCUCCCAGCGUCAGGGCCAACUCAAUCAAGCACUGCUUUUAUUUUUUGCAGUCUUCAAUUUGAGAAAGGUGAAAAAUACUGUUUUCAAUAAACGAGAUUCAUACCGUU